AUGUCGAUUGGUCCUCAUGUGUUGUCUCUCCAAUCUCCAUCUCUCAUGGAGUUUCAGACAGAGCUCAAUGAAGAUCUUGCCUCCCAGCAAGUGUACCUAUCUGAUAGCUGCUUGGAACCCUACAUAGGAAAUAAUGAAACCACCUUUGCCACGACAGAUUCAAUAAACAGGAGUUCCUUGCAAGAUUUCCACCAAGAGGAACAAUUUUUCUUCAGUGGGUCUUCCUCAAAUCUCGCAUUUGAGAAACAAACAGCAUGUCUUGACCCUUUCCAUGUUUAUCCAUACGGCAUAUCGGCGAAUCUCGAUGACCUGCAUCAGUGUAGACAAGUUGCAGAUGGUUAUGCUGUUGUCAUGGACAAUUUUCAAGUUGGAGGGAACCUGACAAUUCCAGCUAUCAACACAAUAAGCGGAUAUGAUAGAAGUCACAUGUUCUUCAGCUCUAAUCAAAAUGUUAGUCUCACAAAUUUUGCUGUUCCAGAUGAAGUCUCUCACACUACCGAUGAAUCUGGUUGUUACCAGAACGAUUCCAUGAAUAUGAGUAAGGUGGCGGUGUCUUCGUCGGUGCAAAGGACUUGUGAAGGUUGCCAGAGAUCCCAAUUAUAUAAGGGACAAUGGACAGCUGAAGAGGACGGAAAUGGGUUUGUGUCCAUACAAAUGAAGCAUGCAGGGCUUAUUUUCGUGGCAUUAUAUACGAAAAGAUCUGUGAUUUUGCAGAAAGAUACAUGGAGUGAGGAGGAGGAUAAGAUACUGAUUCAAGCACACGCGGAGAUUGGUAAUAAAUGGUCCGAAAUAGCGAAGAAACUCCCCAGCAGGACCCAGAACUCGAUCAAGAACCACUGGAAUGCCGCCAAAAGAAGGCAAUACACCAAGAGAAAGAGGCGUUCCAAGAAUCCAAGAACCUCUCUCUUGCAAGAAUACAUUCAGAGCUUGAACUCAAGCGCAUCCGAGAGGUUCCCCGAAAAGUCUCCUGGCAGUGAUCACGCCACGGGGGUCAACAACAACGUGAGCGCGAACAAGUUGGCAUCAGCAGCUCAGCCACGGCCGGAGUCAAACUCCUGCUUGAGCGACGAGUUCGGUGAGGUUCUGGAACUGUUGUUCGAUGAGAAGCUGCUUGACGAGGGAUGCGCAACUGAUCCUCUUCUCCAGGACCUGCCCUGUCCACCUGAUGCUAGUGUCAAAGAUGGUGGUGGUGAGUUUGGGAUGGAAAUGCUCGAUAUGGAUUCACUGCUGGAGUCUGAAGAGCCAAACAAGGAUUUAGACCUGGUGGGGGAUGAAGAUGAUCACUCAAGUUAA